UUUACAAUACAGUAUAAUCAUGAUUAUAAUAGUAUCGUACGAUACGAUUACGGUAAGCUACACGGUCCGAUUAAAAACGUAUGUAUUCGAUAAUAGAGAGUCGAAUUUCUCAGGAUAGGAUACAGUGAAGAGACCGUAAUAUGUAGUAUUAUAAUCUAGCAAGCAAGGUUGUAAAAUUACCUACAGUAGAUUUACUUUUCUAUGUAUACUCAGCUGUAACAGAUCAUUUCGACAAGUACUCAUUAUUGAAACCUUCAGCGUGCUUGCAGGCGUUUUAGAUAACUGGAAAUUCGUAUGAAGUUAGGAUUCGUAAAUGGGUUAAUAAAGAAAAAGGGCAACUUAUAGUAAAUAGAAAGAGGUAAGAAUAUUUGUGAUGGGCUAAAUAAGUCAUUGGUCUGUUGUAGCACGCAAUGGUUAUAUGAACUUUUCCAAUCAAUUAGCGACCAAGCAACCUAUUUCUGAAAAAGAUAGGAUAGGGUACGAUUUGUAGAGUUAAGGACUUGGCACUUGCAAUCAUAUUUUUUUAUUUUCCACUUUUAAUUUACAAUUAAUGUAUUUUGGGUUGGUUUGAUUAGCCAAUCUAAUUUACGUCAAAUGUUUUUAUUAUUGUUCUCUUUCUUCGUCUGACUUGUCUUUGUAACAGUUCCUCCUUGCGAAAAAGACGAAUUCUUCUUAUUUUUGAUAUCUAUUAUAAUUCCCUUUUCUUCUUAUCAUAUCCUUUUCUCAAAAUAAUAACACUUGGUUGUGCUUAAGUACAUAAUAUAUCCAUGGUUUUACUAAAGACCAAUUUUGUGUAGGUUUCUAUUUUAAUGCUUUUUGCUUGCACACUCCUUGUGCUCUCUCAAGAGUAUUUAUGUUCCUUGCCUUGUACAUAUUUUUGUAUCUCAGAACAAUGGAGUUUUGUAUAAUUCAUUAUCUUUCAUAUGUGUCAAAGAGAAUUAUAAUAAUUUGUGUCCACUUGUGUCUUUAUGACAUAAUCUUUUUUAUGUUUUGCGUAAAAAGUUACCUACGAUAAUCAUUUCAAUUUUCAAUAUAUUGUUGAGGACUCGUAUUUCUGCUGCGUUUGUUAAUUGUUCUUCCAAUUGUUAAAAGAGUAUAAUGGCUUCUCGGAUAUUCAGACCGCCGCCUCUCGGCAGGUUACGGUUGGCGUCUGUGGAUGAUGCACCCUUCAUAUUUGACCUUGUUAAUGAAUCUAUGUCGAAGCAUUUCCGGAUAGAAAAUACAUACAAUGUUAUUUAUUUGAUUGAAAAUGCAGUGUUGUCAAUAUGCCAGUUGGAUGGUAGCGACACAAUAGUAGGUUUUAUAGCUGCAAGAGAUUAUCCGUUGAUACCGUCCGUGCAUCCUCAAGCUUGGGAAAAAUAUAUUUGGACGAAAUAUAAGGCAAUAGAGUUGAAUUCCCGGAACACUCUGUUUAUUCACCUUAUGUGUUGGAACUGUAUAUAUGCUCGUGAUAUUGUUGACAAUAUGCUGAAGUCUAUAUUUAUGCAUGAUGCAUACGUUCAACACAUCGCUAUGAUGAAGACUGUGGUAGAUUAUCCCUUGCUCGUACCCGGUCAGUCGCGAUCAGAAGGUUCGUUUCGACGAGUGCAGGCGAUGGAGCGAGGAAUCCCCGGCGAUAUACUUCCCUCGCUGAGCAUUGCUGACCGAAGCGAGGUCAGCCCAAGGCUUCGCAUUAGGAGGGCAGUGGAAGAAGACAACGAUGACAUAGUGCCAAUAAUUGAAAGACAUUCGGCUCGCUUACGACAGCUCUACGGUGAAUUUUAUGUUAGCGAGCUAAUUUCUAGGCACCCUGAGUCCGAACGAGUAUUGCUCGUUUGCGAGCACAAAGAAGUAGCAGUUGGAGUAAUGUGUCUCAACACUCAGAUUAACUAUGAAGCGUUGGAAGAAAGUUUUGAAUUGUCGCCUUUUGCUGGCCUUAGGCACAUGGACGUAUCGCAUUUUCAUAAGCUAAGCAAAAAUAGCGAUUCUACUGCUAGCUUUUCAGCGUGUAACGUGACAGCCGUGGGAGAAAGCUCUCUAGGUCUAACAACAUCGGAAUCGACACGCUCAAGAGAUCCUAAAUCUAGGGUAACUUGGGUGUUUGAAGACGACGAAUUCAAAGAUCUUCGGCCGGACAUGGCCCCUACUCGCAGCACAUCACAACUAGCUCCGUCCGCACAGCUCGACGUGCUAAAUCUCUUGGAGGACGAAGAGGACGAACUGGAGUUUGAUAUAGUGAACAUCGACACAGAUUUGUUGAGAGUGCCCAAGUUAUUGACUUAUGAUGCUUCAGAGAGAGGACCAGCGGACAGCAUUAUGAAGAUUAUAGACGGUACUGCCAGACACAGCCGUAAGGAGUCAUCUAUGAAUGAGAAAGUUAAAAAGGAAAAGACUAAAUCUUCGGCCAUCCCAAGCACAUAUAAAGCUCCGGAGCCUAAACGUUAUUCAGGGCCACCAAAUGCGUUCUUGCUUGAGUUAUUUGCUAUGCAUCCAGAUUAUGACGAAAGAUAUGGUUUCGAUAUGUUGGAAGCGGCAUACGAGUUAUUUCCGAACAGAGAUUAUUGCAUCAUUUGCCUUCCGUCCAACCAGCCUUCGUUUCCAUUAUUAGAGCACUUUACGUUAGUGACGCCGUAUUGUUGUCGAAUGAGAUUCAUAAACGAGACGCUUUAUGUCGCGCAUGUCAAUUCUGUCAGAGGUGACGUAAAAGUGCGUCCAGGGGAGGCAUACGAUAUUCUCGAAUUGAACAAUAUUCUGGAGCACGCGCCUCGGGCCCAGGCGCUUUUUGAUUUAUUUGAAUCGUCGUUAACAUCUUGUACACUUCAGAGUUAUAUACUGUUAAGCCAGAACCAACCGAUUGGCAUGGUUGUGCUUGGACCAUUAGAGGAUGGCGCAGCAAUCAGGACUCAAUACGACUUGGAACCAGAACCGCGCCGGCCUCGCACUGAUGGCACUAUCCUAGCUGGCGUGAUGUCUCCCGCGUUAGAGCCGCAUGGUCGGUGGUACAUACGAGAGCUUCUUCGGCAUUCACAAUACACAACACUGUUUUGGAUCUGUCGAUUAUUUGCGAAGGGCGAUGCAAGUCCAAGCCGCAAUCUGAUGUCGCUGGCUGGGCACAUGACGCCGGUACAUCCACGGGUAUCUGUGCCUAACAUAAGUGGCAACAGAGAUUUGGACGUCAUAUUUGAUGAUGUGGCCACUCCAUUUGCUCUAUGGGUGCUGGAGAGACCUCUCUCGAGUUUGCCAAAGGUGUAUGUGAAUAACAGCAUUGUUGUCGUGGGUGCCAGUCGCACCGGACUCGCUUUUCUCGAAACCCUGCUUAUGGGUUCAGCGUCCCGCUAUCUGACGUUCAGCAACGUGACUCUAGUAUCGGAGCACGGGCUACCCACAGUGGCCGAAUGUUUACGAGCGGCUGAUACCUGCGUCCCGAGGGACGGCCGCUUCUCCGACCGCUACCUCAAGAGUGUGCCGUUCUACUACUAUCUUGAUGUAAUGUCGGCUGUCAUGGUCGGUAUUGAUAGGAAUAAAAAAUGCAUACACCUGAAGGGCGGUGGUAUGAAAUUCUAUGAUGAACUGGUACUGACUUGUGGUCUACAGUUCCAACAUCCAGAUUAUCUUAGUGAAGCCAUGGAAUUAGCUAAAGAAGUAGAGAAAGGUAAGCCUUGCGAGAGGACGCUUAUGGAUAAUCCUGAAUACCAGCCAGAUCGUGUACCACCGUCAUCUGAUGUACCUGAAAAUGUGAUGCUUAUUAACUCUUUGUUUGAAGCCAACAUCUGUCUGAGGAAACUCAUGCGCAUGAUUAGCGACUUUAAGGACAGUCGUGAUUGUCUAAGCGACGAGAACCAAGUGGUAGUUUACGGAGAAUGUGUGGAAGCAUACAGUUGUAUUGCUGCUCUACUCGAGUUAGGUUUGGCGGCCGAAAUGAUCGCUUUCGUCGAAUCAUUCCCGCCUGAAGACCCAGCUGCUUUGAGGAUCAAUUGCUUCAAUAAUGAGACGGUCGAUGAAAGAGUUCAAGCAAAUAUAGAUAAACUGGGCAUUCGUGUGUUGCGUCGUUGCUUCCUCGCGGGUUGGCGGCUGCAGGACAACCGCGUCGAGGCGCUGCAUCUCAUGUCACCGCUGUACGCCAUCCGACUGCCAUGCUUCGCUGUCUUCUACUACGGCAUCAAAGCCAUUGACACUUACGCUUUUAAGGCAAUAAACGAGUGUGGGCUAGUGUAUGACGGCGGUCUAGUGGUGGGCCCGGCGUUCGAGACCAACGACCCGUGUAUAUAUGGCGCGGGCACGUGCGUGCGCUACUCGCGGCGGCUGUACGCGGGGCGCCGCCAGCACCGGUAUUACUGCUCCGAGGACGUGGGGGAGGCGCUUGCACAACUGUUUCUGAAAAAGAUGGAUCCGUUUGUAAUGUGUGAUGAAGGUGUCGGUGACGCGUCUUUGGAUCUGCUGCCAAGAUUUAGCUCCAGUUUGCUAGCAUUCAGGGGCUCACGCGGAAGCUUUUCGAGUGCUACAAGGCUUUCGAUUGGAUCGUGGAGAAAAUGGCAACCAGUCUUGAGGUUCGAGUCACCACUCGUACAAUCCGCUACACUACCCGGCCCACUGUACUACAUGAAACUGAGAAAGGCUGGUAUCGAAAUACCAAUGGCGGUCGAGGCCUUGCUUCCACAUCAGGGUCACACUCUGUUAACCGACAAGCGUGGUAACUAUUUUCGUCUGCAAUUAAACGCAUUGCACUGCGUUGAUGCUGUUACCUGCCUUUCCAAGAAGCGGUUCUCAUCCGAGAUCUUCAUUCAGAUUUAUGGUAAACAUGAGGCGUUCUUCAACAAGCUUCUUGUUAGGUUUCAGUCAAAUUUAAUUGAUGAUUUCUACGAGUUUUUCACCCAACCAUGGAUGUCCGCACUCUAUCAGGAGACUUUUGGCGACUUGUUAAGGGAUAUCAACGAGCAGGAUGUUGGCACGGUGUAUGAGCUAGUCCGUUCGAAGUUCAGUCUACGCGAGGAUGGAAGCGGUCGCGAGUCGCCAAAACAUUCAAGUUGCUCUGAUACGCAGAGCUGUGCGACUGGAAUGAAGGAUGUGCAGAAUAUGGGUACUUUCCGGUCUGUGAUUGACAGAUUCCUAAUGAGAACCAGCAGUGUUCAGCAGAUACAAACGCCAAGACCUACUGAUAUACCUUCGGAGUGCGGUCAAAGUGCAUCGUUGCGCGCCGAAGCCGCAGGUUUCUGGCGGUCGGUAAGCGGCGAGCGCAUCGUCAUCGCUCAUAUCGCCAAGUACCUCAACAGGAAUAGCGUUACCAACCCGCACUAUGCAGAACCGAGGAGGGAGUUUAUAUAGACUAGUUAUGUAGUUUAUGUUUCAU